AUGAACAUUUGGGAAGUGAUCCUGGCUUUCUUGGUUGUGGUCCUGAUCCUCGUGUCGUUGCUGUCCAACGUGCUGGUGCUGAUCUGCUUCUUGUACAGCGCCGACAUCCGCAAGCAGGUCCCGGGAUUGUUUAUCCUCAACUUGACCUUCUCCAACUUGUUGAUGACUGUCUUGAACAUGCCCCUGACCCUGGCUGGGAUCAUUUACAAGCAUCAACCGGGGGGAGAUCAGUUUUGCCACAUGGUGGGAUUCCUGGAGACUUUCUUGACCACGAACUCCAUGCUGAGCAUGGCAGCGCUGAGCAUAGAUAGAUGGAUAGCUGUGGUCUUCCCUCUAAGUUAUCACUCCAAAAUGCGGUACAAAGAUGCUGCUCUGAUACUGAGCUACACGUGGCUACACUCUGUGUCCUUCCCUAUAGUGGCAGCUUCUCUCUCCUGGGUGGGUUUCCAUCACUUUUAUGCCUCCUGCACCCUGUACAACAACAGAUCAGAGGAGAGGACACAGUUUGUGAUUUUCAGUGGGGUCUUUCACAUCCUCAGCUUCCUCCUCUCCCUCGUAGUGUUGUGUUUCACCUAUCUAAAAGUGCUGAAGGUGGCACGGUUUCACUGUAAACGGAUUGACGUGAUUACUAUGCAGACACUGGUGCUGCUGGUGGACAUCCAUCCCAGCGUACGAGAGCGUUGUCUAGAAGAACAAAAGAGACGGCGGCAACGAGCAACAAAGAAAAUCAGUACCUUCAUUGGUACUUUUAUACUUUGUUUUGCACCUUAUGUAAUUACAAGACUGGUAGAAUUAUCAUCCGUAGUCCCCAUCAAUUCUCACUGGGGAGUCAUUUCCAAGUGCUUGGCUUACAGCAAAGCUGUUUCAGACCCGUUUGUGUACUCUUUAUUACGACAUCAGUACAAGAAGACAUGGAAGGACAUAAUAAACAAGAUUCUUAAAAGAAGCUCCAUAAAUUCCUCAGCCCUCACGAGCGAAUCGCACAAUCAGAAUAUAUUGCAAACAACUGAAUGAGGAAGCUGGCACAGAAUCUCCACGAAAGAUGGAAGAAUACCAGGUGGUUG